CUUCUUCAAGAAGUUAAAUAGAGCACUCUCAUAGUUGGCGGUGCAGUCAAACAGAAUUCUACAAUAACUGAACAUCAAGGACCGCCUGACCAACAACCUUUCCUUCAACCAGUUCUAUAAAGUCACAAAAACAGCAACAACAAGCUAACGACUCGCUGAAAAUGCCACGAUCUUUCUUAGUAAAACUCCGCGCAAAGAAAAGCAAAUCUCCAGUCAUCAAAGACAACGAUACUGAAAUAAAUAAAGAGUUGACGUCAACAGAAGAGGUUUCUAAACCCCUCAAUUGGGGAUUCCUGCCAAACUUCAUGCGUCCGUUACAUUUAAACGUUCUUCAACCAACGUUCACAUUUAAGAAUAAAAGAAACCAAUCCAGCCCAAUAGCAAAGAUAUUUGACCCUUUAACCGUAAACCUCGCAUGGCCCUUUGUCCCGAAGUUGGACACAUUUGAGACGAAGCUUAUCAACGAAAGAGCCGCAGUUGUUCCUAAACAGACAACAGAAGAAGCGAUUAUAAUUCCCUCCCCAACAAAAAGCGAUGAUAGCGACCCGCCCAAUGGUCCUUUCUUCCCCUUUCAGACAACUUCUCGCCAGUUACAAGAGAAUGUAGAACCACAAACGCCUCGGAAAAACACUCGACGAAGACGUGCUAAUGGCAACAAAACAUUCUCUUGUCAAAUCUGCGGGAAAGUAUUCAAUGCUCAUUAUAAUCUAACUCGUCAUAUGCCGGUCCAUACAGGAGCCCGCCCUUUCAAGUGUAAAGUCUGUGGUAAAGGUUUCCGACAAGCUAGUACUUUAUGUAGACAUAAAAUAAUUCAUACUCAAGAUAAACCUCAUCAGUGUAAAGAAUGUGGGAAAGCUUUCAAUCGCUCAUCGACAUUGAACACACACAUGCGCAUUCACCUUGGAUAUAAACCUUUUGUUUGUGACGUGUGUGGAAAAGGUUUUCAUCAAAAAGGCAAUUUCAAAAACCAUCGUCUCACACACACUGGAGUCAAACCAUUUCAAUGUCAUAUUUGUGGAAAGGCAUUUCAUCAAGUUUAUAAUUUAACAUUCCACAUGCAUACACACAAUGAUAAAAAACCUUUUACUUGUGUGAAAUGCGGAAAAGGAUUCUGUCGAAACUUUGAUCUUAAAAAACACAUGAGAAAACUUCAUGAAACUAACUAAAAAAUCAUAUCAACAUUGUUAAUAAAUUUAAACUAAAAAGAGCGCGAAUGAAUGUUCCAAGCACUUGU